AUGGCUCAACCAUCAGAAACUUUUAUUUGUCCAAUCACUCAUGAACUUAUGAGAGAUCCAGUCAUUGAUCCUGACGGUAAUAGUUACGAACGACAAGCUAUUGAAGGUUGGCUUCGACAAAAUGGUACAUCUCCAAUUACUCGUACUCCUCUCUCAGCAUCUGAUCUUCGUCCAAAUCGUGCUCUUAAAGCAGCCAUAGAUGAAUAUCGUAAAUCACUAAAAUCCAAUGAUCAAGGAAAUUCUUCUCCUUUGACAGAAUUGAAACCUUCUGAACUGACAGUUUCAGGAAUUUAUUCUGAUAGUUUUGUUCAUAUUAAAAUUCAACCACCACCAGAUACAAAUCGUUCUCCAUGUGAUGUAUGUUGUGUUGUGGAUACAUCAGGUUCUAUGGCUGUACAAGCUGAGAUUCAAAAUGAUGCUAAUGAAAAAUUUGGUCUAUCACAAUUAGAUUUAGUUAAACAUGCAAUAAAAACAAUUAUACAUUCACUUGAACCACAAGAUCGUUUAUCACUCGUAUCAUUUGCAAAUAGUGCUACAGUUUUGUUUCAAUUAACAAAAAUGGAUCAAGAUGGAAAAUCAAGUGCUUUAGCUGCUUUAGAAAGAUUAGAGGAUAAUGGUCAAACAAAUUUAUGGGAUGGCCUUCGAACUGGCCUUGACAUUCUAGCGAAAGGUCAAAGAGCUGUUGGAAGUAAUUCGGCUCUUUUUCUUCUUACUGACGGUUGUCCUAAUAUUGAACCACCACGUGGUUAUUUACCAACAUUAGAAAAAUUGAAGAAGAAGACUCAUUUUACAUGUACAAUCAAUACUUUUGGUUUCGGAUAUGAAUUGGAUAGUAAACUUCUUGAAGAUAUUGCCAUAUUAGGAAAUGCGGGUACAUAUGCAUUUAUUCCUGAUGGAUCAUUUGUAGGAACAAUUUUUGUCAAUGCUAUGGCUACAUUAUUGGCUACAGUGGCAACGAAUGUACAGAUAUGCGUUCAUGGUCAAAAAAUUGAACCGUCUGAUUAUACACGUUGGUAUUCAACAGUGAUUACUGGUCAUGAUACAGUGUUUGAGUUGGGUUCGAUUACUUUUGGUCAAAGCAAAGAUUUACUUAUUCCUCUUUCUUAUCAAUCAUUUCAAAAUUGUAAUUUUACAUUAGUUUAUGAUACAUUACUUGAAAAAAAGAAAUCAAUCAAAUUCAAUAUUAACACGUCUCCUCAACAAACUGAUCUUCAUCUUCUAGCUCAACAUAAAUUUCGUCUUCAAUUUGUUCAAUGUGUACGAACUGCAUUGGAAGCAAUGCGUCCACUACGUAACGAUUUAACGACUACAAAUGAACAAUCUGAAGCAGCAAUGAAUCGACUUAAACAAUUAGAGGAAGAAAUGAAAAUAUAUUCCGAUAAAAAUGAUCAAUUUGUUAAAGAUUUAUUGGCAGACUUAACCGGACAAAUACAAGAAGCUCUCGCAAACAAAGAUUGGUUUAAAAAAUGGGGCAUACAUUUUUUACCUAGUAUAACUCGUGCACAUCUCCUUCAAUAUUGUAACAAUUUUAAAGAUCCAGGUGUCCAAAAUUAUGGACAAGGCAAUCUCUUUUCAACAAUACGUGAUGAAAUGGAUACUAUAUUCUGUGCUUUACCUGCUCCAAAACCUUCACAACAAACUGGUGCUCCAAUAGAUAUGUCAGUCUUUUAUAAUGCUGAUGGUGGAUGUUUUUAUGGUGGAUGCACAGUACGUUUAAUGAAUGGAACUACUAAGUUAAUAAAAUAUGUUCAACCAGGUGAUAGAAUAGCACCACAUGGAGGAAUGGUCAAUUAUGUUGUUAAAACGAAAUGUCAAAAUAAAAAAGCAAAGAUGGUUGUACUUGACAAUGGUCUUAUUAUCACUGCUUGGCAUCCUAUUCGUGUCAAUCAACAAUGGAUUAUGCCUUGUUCACUUGUCUCUGCUCCUACUGAAAUUUCUUGUGAAGAAGUUUAUAAUUUUGCUCUUGAUCAAGGCCAUACAAUGUUUGUUAAUGAUAUUGAAUGUGUUACUCUAGGUCAUGGAUUCAAAGAUGAUGUAGUACGACAUGCUUAUUAUGGUACUCAACGUGUAAUUGAAGAUUUACAUCAACUUGACUAUGAACAAAAUAAUACUGGAAUAAUCGAAAUUACUCAAAAUACAUUAAUACGUAACAAAAAAACUGGUUUAGUUAGUGGUUUACGAUUAAUUGAUGGACAAUAUCAACAACAAAUAUCGGUUCAAUAA